AUUCAUCCCAUCCUAUGCUACCAUCAAUCACCUCUGCUCAUGUAUAAUGUUCUGUACUCUGUGUCUCACGUCCAGCUUCGACCCCCUUACAAUGCCAACACCCUUCGGGAGCCUGCGACCCAUCCCCUGCUCACCCGAGUCCACGUCGACAUUCCGCAAUUCCCGAACUGGUCUUUUGUCGUCGAGAACCCGCACGGCGUCACGGUUAUCGACGUGCUCCAAAAAAUUGAACAGGCGCUGUACGCCGCCGUCGGCCGAUCCGAGUGGGAGAAGCAGGCGAAGGGUGCGCGCGACGUCGCUGCUGCUUCGUUCAACGCUCGGACCGGCGGCAACGAGGGCGCACGUCAGGCGGGGAUAAAGAGAGUCGAUUUCCUCGGCUCUCAUGUUCUCUUUGCCGGACUUACGCACUCGACCCGGGUCGCUGGCCACUGGGACCUCCACUUCACCUCUCUGCCUCACUAA